AUGGAGGGCUAUCUGGAUAUAUCUCCCAAGAGAUUAAACGAACAACUUCGUUAUGGGAUAUCUGGGACUAAGCAUGUGGACUCACCUAAGCCAUAUACAAAGUACGAAUAUAAGAGCAUUGCUCAAACAUCAUUUAUGUUAGUUACAGUGUCAUACGAUGGAAUAACAUUAAACCAGAUAAGAACUCCUACGCAUGAGAUAUUGAGACUUUGUACAUACUUCACGGAUGAUGAGACCCUUAUAACUGUUCAUCUAGAAACACGUGGAAUUAAUUAUUAUUACACAACUGUAGAUGCUAAAAUAACUGGAAGGUAUGAAUUUAGAGGGUUUAAAACAAGCGCUGAACUCACUGGAGAAGAAAUUAAGAUCUUUGUGGAUAAUGUAUCUGUAAAUGGUGAUCUAGACUUUCAGGGAUUACCAAGAGCACUAAGAGAAAAAUUAUAUAGGAAAAAUGAUGUCUUCUUUAAUGUCUAUCGGAAUCACUGGGAUGAAGGUUAUUCCUGUAAAUGUACAAACAUUAGCAUUAAAAUAACAAAAGGAGGUGAAAUAGGUGAUUAUCAAUCUCUCCAACACAAACCAAAUAUCUCAUCAUUUUACAUUGGAUCUAUUUAUUACGUCGAAGAUAAACCUAUGUGUUUUGACAAUGACCUUCCCAGUGAACCCUUGGAUAGUCUUACUGUCUAUAAAAAUAAAUUUGGAAACGACAAAAUAAAUCCUAUGAUGGUAAUAUUGAAUGUGCAGACAAAUCCUGGAUGUGUCCCUGGGAGAUAUAUCAUUGCCAAAUACUAUGCUAAUGUUUGGUCGAUUCGCAGGAUUGGCGCAACUUCUAUAAGCAGUACUGAGAUUGCAGAGAUAUUCAAAGUAAUUUCAGAUGAUGUUAAUCAUAGAUUGAAUGUCAAUAAACUUUCUAAAGAAAUCCAAGAGAAACUCAAAGAUAUUACAAAGGAUCUUUCACUCGACCUAACACAUCAAUUAAACCUGAAUGAAGGUAUUUAUAUUUCUGUUGGUAACAUGAAGAUUCCAUACAAACAGACAAAUACUGGUCAGUAUUUAGUAGUUUCAUAUGCUCAUACAUUUAACAGUUUUACUGUACAAGACGUAAAAGUUAAAGGUGUGCCAGUUGGGGAUUCCCUCAUUCCUUUCAAAACUAGACUUUCCAGAUUUAAGGCUUAUUAUAACGAAAAUAGUACCAAUAAUCCACUAUUGAUAUACAUGAUGUAUCUUAAUGGGAAAGUGAAGUGGAUAUGUAGACAUGAUGGGUGUGACUAUUGGGAAGAAUUAGAGAAAAGUAUUCCAUCCAGUUGCCAUGAUUCGCCUAGUAUUAUAAACAUCUUGUCAAGCUUGAGAAUUCCAACUGUAGCAAUAAAUCUUUCAAAGAAUGUUGGUUUGUACACUCCCGCUGGAAGUAAUACAAAAUUGCAUGUUUCCAGAACUUCUUAUAGUGGUUAUGACUUUUACAAGUGCACACAACAUAGAGGUGAGAGUCAGUCGGAAUUAUACCCAUUAAAGAUUAGUCAUAUCUGUUACAAUGCAACACUUUACGGUAUAGAGUCUCAGGAAAUUCUCUCUUCUGUAGGUGCUUUCUAUGAUGGAGAAUCCCCGGUUUUUGAGGAACCAUUCAUGAUUGAACUUGUCACGUAUAACCCAAAGAAAUAUUGGUACUAUCAAAGGGUUGACAAAAGUGCAAGUGCGUGGAAAAAACGCGUUAGACGAGAUGAUUCCAUCAAAAUGAUUGCGGAGCAAAUAAAGACUGAAUUAAUGAACUUGAGAGGUGAAUCAAUUCCAAUACCGGGGUCACCACCUCCUUCUUAA